GGAGUCGCGCGCGGUUGUUUAAAAACGGCUCGUAGGCGGAGAGAAAGGGAAGGAAGCUCCUCAGCGCUGAGGCGGCAAUGUCAGCUGAGAAGCCGUUCCCAGCCGCACUCAUGACAUCUUCUCCCCAGCGCUCUCUGGAUGCCUUGGCACCUUCUCUCCCUCGGAAACCAGCCAUCCCAGGACCCUCCCUUAUGGCAACGCCUGCCACCUGGUAGGCCAGGGAAGACGUUUCCACCACCACCUCUUUCCUCGGCGACACAUGGCGGAGAAGACCCCCUGCCGGACAUUGUCCUCCUCCAUCCGCAGUGAAGAUCUCCUGAGUGACAUGGAGCUCCUGCCAGCCUCAGAACCCACGACUCCAUCGCAGCGGGUCCCGGGUUCCCAGUCGGCCUCCCCUUACAACUCCAAGGUGACAACGCAACUCUAUGCGACUCUGCGCCAGUGCCGGCAGGCUGAAGAGCAGGCCUGCUCCCACCUGGACAUCCAGUCUGGGUUGGCCCUGGCCAGGGAAGCCCAGGCCCCAGAGGUCGAUCUGGAGACUCUGGCAGAAGAGCUGAGCCAUCAGCUCUCGACUGGCGUGGAGGCAAGCUCACACAGAAAGGGUGCUGCCACCACUGAGUCCCGCCACAUCUCAGAGAUGGAAAAUGUGCGCUGCUACCUACAAAAUAUGCUUCGUGAUUCCAAAGAGGCUGCUCAUGGGGACGCUGUGGCGCUAGGGACCUUGGAGCGGAAAGAUGACGAUUCUUUCGAGAGUGACAGCACGGCUGCCCUUCUCAAUGCGCGGCCCCUGCAGGAAGUCUCCCCUCCUGGUUCAUUGAUCGGCUUUGAGGAACUCUUCCCUCGCUACACCAGCUUGCGCCUGGGCCAGAUCCGAGAGCACUCCUCCUAUGCUGAUUCUCAUCUCUUAAAGGAUUCUUUGGACAAGGAACAGGCCCGGCGGAAGCACUGCGAACGACACAUCCAGACCUUGCAGCACCGUAUCCUGGAGUUGCAGCAACAGCUAGCAGUCGCAGUCUCAGCUGACAGGAAGAAAGACAGCAUGAUUGAGCAGCUAGAUAAGACUCUGGCCAAAGUGGUGGAGGGCUGGAAUCGGCAUGAGGCCCAGCGAACAGCAGCACUACAUCGAUUGCAAAUGGAAAAAGAGGCAGCAGAGCAAACCUUGGGAAGACAGAAAAAGAAAGCAUCAGAAGUGGAAGAGCGCCUUGAGAAUGCUUUGUCUGCCCUCAACAAGGAGCAGCAAGCUGGGAGACAGUAUUGCAAGGAGAAAGAGGCACUGGAGGAGGAAAAGGCAUCCCUGCUGCGCAACUUGGAGGUGGAGCGCCUACGGGUGCGUGACCUGGAGGCCAGUUGGGAUCUAGAGCAUCGCCAACAAGUGGCACUGCAGGCCACGCUGGAGGAGGAACAACGGGGCUGGGCCCAGCGAGAGAAGCAACUGGAACAACAGCGCCAGGCCUUGGAGGAGGAGAGCCGUAACCAGCUGGACAAGGAGAAGGCGAUGACCCAACGAGAAUCUCAAAAAGCAGCCGAUGUCCAACGGGCCCUGUCCUCUGUGCAGUCGGAAGUACAAAUCCUUCAGAGUGAACUGGAGGCCGUCCGGCGAGAGAGGGACAACCUGAAAAUGGAGAUGAGCUUGGUUAAGGCACGUUAUGAGGCACAAAAGGUAAAGCUGGAGUCAGAACUGAAAGUGGCAUUAGAGCAACGGGUGACAGAGCGUCUGGCCGAGGUUCAUGAGGAGAGCUUGCGCCAGAUGACUGUCAUGCGGGAGCAGCACAGGAAGCAGCUAUUGGAGUUAAGCAGCCACCAUGAGAAGGAGUUGGCCGGCCAGUUGGCCCAGUUCAAGUCAGACCUGGCCGAGAGGGAAGAGCGGCAGCGGCAUCUCACGGAGGAAUAUGAACACAGGAUCUCCAAGCAAGAAGAGGAGUUGAGGGAGCUUCAAGUCAGGCAUCGGCGCUUGGAGGCGCAGCGUGCUGAGAUGGUGAGCCAGUUCCAGGCCAUGAUGCAGGCCCACUGGAAUGAGGCCCUGCGUCUCUUCUCUGGAGGCAGUGCCUCCCUCCAGACCGGUGCAAAACCCCAAUGGCAGGAUGCUUCUUCAAAUCCAGGUGCCACCUUGGACCCAGAGUGUCUGGCAACUUCAGAAACUCUGAAGAAGACCCAGAAAGCAGAGUCAUUUGUGAAUAGCCAGGGUGCAGGAGACGGCAAAGGACCAGCAUGGACCCAGGCAGUCCCUCUCCAGCCUGUCGUCCAGUGCAGCAAUCCACAGGGACCUUCUGAAGCCCCCGAGAAGUCCUUGCUGGACCCUUACCAGCCCUUUCUCCAUAUACUCCCUGAUGUGGGCCGUCCCUCCUCAGAAUUCAGCCACAUUUUCAACUACAGCCUUCUCAGCCAACAGGGGUUCCAGCAGCUCGAACCUCAGGCAGACACCACUGUAGCAGGUCCAGGUGUGACCUUCCACCCUGAAAACCUUGCAGAGCAUCCGUUCACUGAUGACACGGACGAGACCCUCACUGAGGGGGCUGGUCAUGAGGGGGAGACCUCCCAGUGCAACAGCUCGGAAAGCGGCAUUCCAAUAUCCCAGCAAGACUUAAAUUUCUACAUGCGCCUGCUUUGGGAUCACUCUGUGAAUGAAAGCAAUGCUCAGAAGCAGGAAGGGUUUUCCAUGGUCAGUCCAACAGACAGUACGAACCAGACACAGUGUGGCACAUCCCUGUCUUAUCAUGAGCGGUCCACAGUUCUCUGGGAUGCAGCUCAUCCCUCCGCCAGCACUAUUUGCAUCCAGCCUCUCAGCAGCGUUGCUGUCCACAAGACCAAAGUACCCUUGCCCAAAGCUGAGCCAGCCUACUCAAACCAGGAACCAACCAGCCCCCUGAAGCAGAAGCCUGUCCACGAGGGUGGAAUCCUGUCUCCAAAGCAGGUGGCUGAAGUUUCGCGCCUACUAAAACAGUACCAGGCUAAAGGGAGGCCUGGGCCUUCAACUGAGGAUCUAUAUAAAUAUUUGCGUGGGAUAAGCCAGAAUGGGACAGAAAUGAAAAAUGAUGGAAAUCUGCAAGCCAGGAGGAACUUUGAUGCUAAAUUAUCAGAAACACUGAGGAAGGAGGUGGUCCCUGUGCGUCGCCUCGCCUCUUCAGGACUUGGCCGUGAGAAGUCUCAAGCCAGUGCCAAAGCUGGGAAGAAACUAUCUGGAGGUGCACCAGCCUCCAACUCUCAUUCCAGCCGAGGUGGAAGUGUGUGGAGAUGAUCUUGGGGUUUGGAUGGUUUCCUCCUUAGCCCUGUUAGCCUCUUCUUACUAACUUGUUCCGCUUAGUUUUUUCUAUCUGAGGGUCUGUGGGCCACAGUUUGAAUGAAGUACAUUUCAUCGCCAUUUUUACCCUCAACUUUUUGGUACAUGUAGGAAGUCAAAAAUUUGCCCUUUUAAAAAAGGAAGGAUUGAGAAUGUAUGUCCAGAGUGUUUGAUUUUAUGGCUUAAAUCCUGCAGUGCCAAGACUUAAAAUUUUUUUUAAAAAAAUUAAACCAGCAGAGAAGCUGCAAAGGCUGCAUUGCUCCCAGUUCUCUGAGAAGCCCUUGGCCUUCCACCCUUCUGUCUUUUCUCCCUUCCCUCUUCAGGUCAGCUGUGGUCAUUCCAUUCACAGAUGAAAGCCGGUUUGCCUGUUGAAAGACUUGAUUUCAAGUGUACGUGCAGAAGGUAUUUUCAAGGAUGGCAUUGUGAGACUAUGUAUCCUGACAUUUUGGAGGGCUUCGUUUU